CUCACGACCGACCAUCCAAAUAAACCGACUCUUUUCACUGUUUACUCCAUCACCAUCUUCGUGCAAACACGACCGCACCACCCCAUUCACUUACUUGCCAUUGCCAAAGCCCUAAUUUUCUCUCGCUCUGUCACGCUCACAUACUCUACCAAUUCGACCCUCUCUUCACUGCGGCUACUUCUAUGUGUUCUCUCUCCUCCAUCCUUCUCCAACAAGGCUACUACCUUUGAGCUAUCUGCUCUAAUCUCCUCUGGUUUUCUGUCCCUCUCUCUGUUGCUGCUUUGCUUUCUACUCACCGGGUCUCGGUGGCUACCUCUGUACUCUCUCGCUGCCGGUCAUAUCUCUCUGCUGAUCUGUGAUAUUCACUCUUCCAAUAUAGGGUUAGGGUCUCUCUCUCUCUCUCUCUCUCUCUCUCUCUCUCUCUCUCUUUUAACUUGGAUUUUAACUUGGAUUUAAAGAGAGUAGAGAAAAAUGUCGCACCUUGGUGGUGGUGCGGAGGCACACGCACGGUUCAAGCAGUAUGAGUACCGUGCCAACUCGAGCUUGGUCCUCACCACCGACUCGCGUCCCCGGGAAACCCACGAACCCACUGGUGAACCCGAGUCACUGUGGGGGAAGAUCGACCCAAGGAGCUUUGGUGACCGGGCCUACCGUGGCAGGCCCGCCGAGCUGGAUGAGAAACUUGAGAAGGCUAAGCAGAAGAAGAAAAAGGAGCGUGACCCUUUGACCGAGCCCCUGCCUCGACAGGGCAAGCGCCGCCGCCUCCAGGAAGAGAGUGUCCUCACUGCCACGGAGGAAGGCGUGUAUCAGCCCAAGACCAAAGAGACUAGGGCUGCCUAUGAGGCCAUGCUGAGUGUCAUUCAACAGCAGCUUGGCGGGCAGCCGCUCAGCAUUGUUAGCGGUGCGGCUGAUGAGAUUCUUGCAGUGCUCAAGAAUGAUGCUGUUAAGAAUCCGGACAAGAAGAAGGAAAUUGAGAAGCUUUUGAAUCCUAUUCCUAAUCAAGUAUUUGACCAGCUGGUUUCUAUUGGGAAGCUUAUUACAGACUUUCAGGAGGGGUCUGAUGCUGCCAAUGGUACCUCGGCUAUGGAUGGCGAUGAUGGCCUUGAUGAUGAUGUUGGUGUGGCAGUGGAAUUUGAGGAGAAUGAGGAUGACGAUGAUGAGAGUGAUCUUGAUCAGGUGCAAGAGGAAGAAGAGGAUGAGGAUGAUGUUGCCGAACCGAAUGGAUCAGGUGGUAUGCAAAUGGGUGGUGGUAUUGACGAUGAAGAUAUGGAGGAUGCAAAUGAGGGAAUGAGUCUCAAUGUACAGGAUAUAGAUGCCUAUUGGCUGCAGAGGAAGAUUUCACAGGCAUUUGAGCAGCAGAUUGAUCCACAGCAGUGCCAGAAACUCGCUGAAGAGGUUCUAAAGAUUCUGGCUGAAGGUGAUGACAGAGAAGUUGAGAACAAGCUGUUGAUCCAUCUUGAGUUUGAUAAGUUCAGUCUCAUUAAGUUCCUUUUAAGGAACAGACUGAAGAUAGUGUGGUGUACCAAGUUGGCAAGGGCACAGGACCAGGAGGAAAGAGAGAAGAUUGAGGAGGAAAUGAAGGGGACAGAUUUGCAGCCUAUUUUGGAACAGUUGCAUGCAACAAGGGCCUCUGCGAAGGAGAGGCAGAAGAACUUGGAGAAGAGUAUAAGGGAAGAGGCACGUCGGUUGAGGGACGAUACUGGUGGUGAGGGGAACACGGACAGGGAGAGGAGCAGGAGGGGGCUUGCUGAUAGAGAUGCAGAGAGUGGAUGGUUGAAAGGUCAGCGUCAGAUGAUUGAUCUAGAUAACCUUGCUUUUGCUCAAGGUGGUUUGUUUAUGGCAAAAAAGAAGUGUGACCUUCCAGAUGGGUCUUAUAGGCAUCUCAGCAAGGGUUAUGAAGAAAUUCAUGUGCCAGCUUUGAAGGCUAAACCACUUAAGGAGAAUGAGAAGCUUGUUAAGAUAUCUUCUAUGCCUGACUGGGCACAACCAGCCUUUAAAGGAAUGACACAGUUGAAUAGGGUUCAGAGCCAGGUUUACGAGACUGCUCUUUUCAAGCCUGACAAUCUUCUUCUUUGUGCUCCAACUGGGGCUGGUAAAACUAAUGUGGCGGUCCUCACAAUUCUCCGGCAGAUUGCCCUGCAUAGAAAUCCAAAUGAUGGUUCAAUUGAUCAUAGUGCAUACAAAAUUGUUUAUGUUGCACCUAUGAAAGCCCUUGUAGCUGAGGUUGUUGGGAAUUUAUCCAAUCGGCUGCAGAGUUAUGAUGUUAAAGUUAGGGAGCUCAGUGGAGAUCAAUCGCUAACCCGACAGCAGAUAGAGGAGACUCAAAUUAUUGUAACAACACCUGAGAAGUGGGAUAUUAUCACUCGGAAGUCAGGAGAUCGCACUUACACACAGCUUGUGAAACUAGUUAUCAUUGAUGAGAUCCAUCUUCUUCAUGAUAAUAGAGGUCCUGUUCUUGAAAGCAUUGUUGCUAGAACAGUGAGGCAGAUUGAAGCCACAGAAGAGCAUAUUCGGUUGGUGGGUUUGUCUGCUACCCUUCCUAAUUAUGAAGAUGUGGCACUAUUCUUGCGAGUUAAACUGGAUAAGGGGUUGUUCUAUUUUGAUAAUAGUUAUAGGCCUGUUCCCCUUUCUCAACAGUAUGUUGGAAUCACAGUAAAGAAGCCACUUCAGAGGUUCCAGUUGAUGAAUGAUAUUUGCUAUGAGAAAGUUAUGGCUGUGGCAGGAAAACAUCAAGUUCUUAUAUUUGUACAUUCAAGGAAAGAAACUGCUAAAACAGCUAAAGCCAUCAGAGAUACUGCUCUUGCAAAAGAUACUCUUGCUAGAUUCCUUAAAGAAGAUAGUGCAAGUCGGGAGAUUCUUCAUACUCAUACGGACCUUGUGAAGAGCAAUGAUCUUAAGGAUCUUCUGCCAUACGGUUUUGCAAUUCAUCAUGCCGGUAUGAACAGGACAGAUCGUCAGCUUGUUGAGGAUCUCUUUGCUGAUGGGCAUGUGCAAGUUUUGGUAUCCACCGCAACCCUUGCCUGGGGUGUGAAUCUUCCAGCUCACACGGUGAUAAUUAAGGGAACACAGAUUUACAGUCCGGAGAAGGGAGCAUGGACUGAACUGAGCCCUCUUGAUGUGAUGCAGAUGCUGGGUCGUGCUGGAAGGCCCCAGUAUGACUCGUAUGGUGAAGGAAUAAUUGUUACUGGCCACAGUGAGUUGCAGUAUUACCUCUCACUUAUGAAUCAGCAACUUCCUAUUGAGAGCCAGUUUGUGUCCAAGUUGGCUGAUCAGCUGAAUGCAGAAAUUGUACUUGGUACUGUCCAAAAUGCUAGAGAAGCCUGUCAUUGGCUUGGAUAUACUUACUUGUAUGUCCGCAUGGUGCGGAAUCCUUCACUUUAUGGUUUAGAACCUGAUGCGCUGACAAGAGAUGUAUUAUUGGAGGAAAGAAGAGCUGAUUUGAUUCAUACAGCUGCAACCAUCUUGGAUAGGAAUAAUUUGGUGAAGUAUGACAGGAAGACUGGGUAUUUUCAGGUCACUGAUUUGGGUCGCAUUGCAAGUUACUACUACAUAACACAUGGAACCAUCUCCACAUAUAACGAGCAUUUGAAGCCUACGAUGGGAGACAUAGAGCUAUGCCGAUUGUUCUCACUGAGUGAAGAAUUCAAGUAUGUGACGGUACGGCAGGAUGAGAAGAUGGAGCUAGCAAAGCUUUUGGACCGUGUUCCCAUUCCCAUCAAGGAGAGUUUGGAAGAGCCAAGUGCGAAAAUCAAUGUUUUGCUUCAAGCAUACAUUUCACAGUUAAAGCUUGAAGGGCUUUCACUAACAUCUGAUAUGGUUUUCAUAACUCAGAGUGCUGGACGCCUUUUGCGGGCUCUUUUUGAGAUUGUAUUGAAACGUAGAUGGGCACAGUUGGCUGAAAAGGCUCUGAACUUGUGCAAGAUGGUGACCAAGAGGAUGUGGAGUGUCCAAACACCCCUUCGUCAGUUCAAUGGUAUCCCUAGUGAUGUAUUAACGAAGUUGGAGAAGAAAGAUUUGGCUUGGGAGAGGUAUUAUGACCUAUCAUCACAAGAGAUAGGUGAACUCAUUCGUGCUCCAAAGAUGGGAAGGAUGCUUCAUAAAUAUAUCCAUCAGUUUCCAAAACUGAACCUUGCAGCUCAUGUGCAGCCUAUUACUCGGACAGUUCUGAGGGUUGAACUCACGAUAACUCCGGAUUUUGCAUGGGAUGACAGAAUUCAUGGUUAUGUUGAGCCUUUUUGGGUGAUUGUUGAGGACAAUGAUGGGGAAUAUAUCCUUCAUCAUGAGAAUUUUAUGCUGAAAAAGCAGUUUAUUGAUGAGGAUCAUACGCUGAAUUUCACAGUUCCAAUCUACGAACCUCUUCCUCCUCAAUACUUCAUCCAUGUUGUUUCAGAUAGAUGGCUUGGAUCACAAACUGUUCUACCUGUUUCCUUCAGGCACCUUAUCUUACCUGAAAAGUACCCUCCCCCAACUGAACUCUUGGAUCUGCAACCACUGCCUGUGACUGCAUUGAGAAAUCCAUCGUAUGAAGCACUUUAUCAGGAUUUCAAGCAUUUCAAUCCUGUCCAGACCCAAGUAUUCACAGUUCUGUAUAAUUCUGAUGACAAUGUAUUAGUUGCUGCACCGACAGGAAGUGGUAAGACCAUCUGUGCAGAAUUCGCUAUUUUGAGGAAUCAUCAAAAAGGGCCUGAUAGUGUAAUGCGUGUUGUUUAUAUUGCACCUAUUGAAGCACUGGCCAAGGAACGGUAUCGUGAUUGGGAGAGGAAAUUUGGAGGUGGUCUUAAAUUGAAGGUGGUUCAAUUGACUGGAGAAACAGCAGCUGACUUGAAGCUACUUGAGAAAGGUCAGAUUAUCAUUAGCACCCCAGAGAAGUGGGAUGCUUUAUCCCGCCGCUGGAAACAAAGGAAACAUGUGCAGCAGGUUAGCCUUUUCAUCAUUGAUGAACUCCACUUAAUUGGAGGUCAAGGUGGUCCUGUUUUAGAAGUCAUUGUUUCGAGGAUGAGAUAUAUUGCUAGUCAGGUUGAAAACAAGAUUCGUAUUGUGGCAUUGUCUACCUCUCUUGCAAAUGCCAAGGAUCUAGGAGAAUGGAUUGGAGCUACUUCCCAUGGUCUCUUCAAUUUUCCCCCCGGCGUUCGUCCUGUACCUUUGGAAAUACACAUUCAAGGUGUAGACAUUGCUAAUUUUGAGGCAAGGAUGCAAGCAAUGACAAAACCAACUUAUACUGCAAUUGUUCAGCACGCCAAGAAUGCAAAACCUGCUCUUGUAUUUGUGCCUACAAGGAAGCAUGUGCAGCUGACAGCUGUGGAUCUGAUUACAUACUCGAGUGCAGACGGUGCAGAGAAGCCAUUCUUAUUGCGGUCCUCAGAAGAGCUUGAACCUUUUCUUGACAAGAUUAGUGAUGCAAUGUUGAAAGAAACAUUACAAGGCGGAGUGGGAUACUUGCAUGAGGGCUUAAACAAUCUGGAUUAUGAUAUUGUGACCCAACUGUUUGAAGCUGGCUGGAUUCAGGUGUGUGUUUUGAGUAGUUCUAUGUGUUGGGGAGUGACAUUGUCGGCUCACUUGGUAGUUGUGAUGGGUACACAGUAUUACGAUGGGCGUGAAAAUGCACAGUCAGAUUACCCUGUUACUGAUCUUCUGCAGAUGAUGGGUCAUGCCAGCCGGCCUUUGGUAGAUAAUUCUGGGAAAUGUGUCAUCUUGUGUCAUGCACCCCGGAAAGAAUACUAUAAGAAAUUUUUAUAUGAAGCUUUCCCUGUUGAGAGCCACCUUCAUCACUUCUUGCAUGAUAACCUGAAUGCUGAAAUUGUUGCUGGGGUUAUUGAGAAUAAGCAAGAUGCUGUAGAUUAUCUCACAUGGACAUUCAUGUACAGGCGUCUCACACAAAAUCCCAACUAUUACAAUCUACAAGGAGUUAGUCACAGACAUCUUUCUGAUCACCUUUCAGAGCUUGUGGAAAAUACAUUAAGUGAUUUGGAAGCGAGCAAGUGUGUUCUCAUCGAGGAUGACAUGGAUCUUUCUCCACUCAAUCUUGGUAUGAUUGCUUCAUAUUAUUACAUCAGUUACACAACAAUUGAGCGGUUUUCGUCAUCAUUGACUUCAAAGACAAAAAUGAAGGGUCUUUUGGAGGUUCUGUCUUCAGCUUCUGAGUAUGCUCAGCUUCCAAUACGACCCGGGGAGGAAGAGGUGGUUCGCAGAUUAAUUAAUCACCAAAGGUUUUCCUUUGAAAACCCGAGAGUCACAGACCCACAUGUUAAAGCUAAUGCUUUGCUGCAGGCCCACUUCUCAAGGCAAUUUGUCGGGGGAAAUCUUGCACUGGACCAGAGGGAGGUUCUUCUUUGUGCAAAUAGAUUGCUUCAGUCAAUGGUAGAUGUAAUAUCAAGUAAUGGUUGGCUAAGCUUGGCUCUUCUGGCCAUGGAAGUUAGUCAAAUGGUUACUCAAGGAAUGUGGGAACGUGACUCCAUGCUAUUACAACUUCCUCACUUUACUAAGGAUCUGGCUAAGAAAUGCCAGGAGAACCCAGGGAAGAGUAUAGAAACUGUGUUUGAUUUAUUAGAGAUGGACGAUGAUGAAAGGCGGGAGUUGUUGGGCAUGUCAGAUUCCCAGUUGUUUGAUAUUGCCAGAUUUUGUAAUCGUUUCCCCAAUAUUGAUUUGUCAUAUGAGGUGAUAGACAGUGACGACGUGCGGGCUGGGGAAGAUGUCACAAUACAAGUCGCUCUCGAACGGGAUCAGGCAGAAGUAGGACCUGUUGAUGCUCCCAGGUAUCCAAAAUCCAAGGAGGAGGGAUGGUGGCUUGUUGUUGGUGACACCAAAAACAACUUGUUGCUUGCCAUUAAACGGGUUUCGCUUCAGCGGAAGCUAAAAGCCAAACUGGAGUUUGCUGCUCCUGCUGAUGCUGGAAAGAAAUCCUAUACCCUUUACUUCAUGUGCGAUUCAUACCUGGGCUGUGAUCAGGAGUAUGCUUUUUCCAUUGAUGUCAAAGCAGCAGGGGCUGCUGAUUUAGAUAGCAGUAGAGAAUGAAGAGGUAGAUUGCUUUUCCCUUUGCCAUAUGCUAAACUUCUAGUUGAAUGUUUGAUGGGAUCAUCUUAUUUGAUAAAACACUUGUCAACAAUAUCUUGCCAGAUGUCAUGAGUUGAUGUGUGUGUGUUGUUUUGUUUUGUUGAGAGGUUCUAAUUAAUUAGGUUUGUGGAUGUCACUUGGAUUAGUUAAAUUAAUGCAUACUGCUGAAAUAGUACGAUAUUCUAAUGCCAUGUGUGUUUUACAAGUAGUA